CUCAUCUCCCCAUCUUCUCUCCAAAUUCGAACUCCUCUCUCUCUCUAGAUUUCUUGAAUUCUUCUCACCGUAGUUCACCAAAAGGGUCUACGCGUGUGCUAGAAAGCCACAAAACCUAAACAAAUAGCUCCAUUUUUACCAUAAAUGGCGACAGCAGACGAAGUUUCGGCACUUGAGCUCAUCAGUCUCCACUUACUCGGCGAGUUCUCUCCUGUUGAGAACAGCUUCUUCUCAGAUCUGAGUGACAUUUCCACUUCUGAAUCUGAAUCUCUCCCCUCACAGAGCUCGAUGGGUUAUGACUCCCCGAUUUUAGCCCCCGUGUACCUAAACUUUAACGACAUUAACGACACCAAUUUCUUCGAUUCCUUCCCUGAUUCGGUCACGUUCGAGCAAAAUCGAACGGAAUUUUUCGAAUUUGAAACCAAGCCUCAAGUAAUCGAUCUCACUGCGGUUGAACCGCUGAUUUCGAGCAGCAAAUCGAACCGCAGGCAGUCGUUGAAAGUUGAUCUGCCUCCGGUGAAGAAGUUCGAGGUGCUGGAGUUCGGCCAGCCGGAGAAACCGAUUUUCGCGGAGAGAUCGUCGAGUGCGGCGGCGGCGGAGGAGGAGAAACACUACAGGGGCGUGCGGCGGAGGCCUUGGGGGAAGUUCGCGGCGGAGAUCCGUGACCCGAAGCGCCGCGGGUCCAGGGUUUGGCUGGGGACUUACGACACCGCCAGGGAGGCGGCCAGGGCUUACGACAGAGCCGCCUUCAGUAUGCGCGGGAGUAAGGCGAUCCUCAACUUCCCGCUCGAAGCAGGGAAAUGGCGGGAGGCGGCGGAGGUUGCGGCCGCCGUGGAUGGCGGAAGGAAGAGAGAGAGAGAAGUUGAGGAAGAAAAGGCGGUGAAGAAGGAGAAGGCGUCGGAAGAAUGUGAUGCUUACGAGAUUAGUACUACUAUUAGUAGUCCAAUGACGCCGUUAAGUUGGAUGGCCGUGUGGGAUCAAAACGGGAAUGGGAAUUGUAUCUUCAACGUGCCGAUGCUAUCGCCGUUAUCUUCCCACGCAAUUUUGGGAUUUUCAGAACUCAUGGUCUUAUGAGAGAAGUCGGGAAGAGGAUCGUAGUUAUUUUUACCAGUUGGGUUUCAAAAGAAAAGGACGAAACUGCGAAUAUAAUGAUGAAGUAAAAUGUUCACAGCAAAAGAAAAUGAGACAGUCUCAUAGAAGUUAGCUUAGGACAAUAGCUUCAUGUGCAGAGUAUCUCUAGUUAUUAUUGCAUUUUACAUUUUUCCUCA